AAAGACAGAGAGUGGAGAGGGGCCAGUUUUGUUUGAUGCUAUAAAUAGUUGCCACCACCAUCAAAUUCCUUCACCAUCCCAUCCACAACAUACACUUUUAAUUUCUUCUUCUUCUUCUUCUUCAAUGGCUGCUUCAAUCCCUCAUCACAACUGCUUCGAUUACCCCAUCGACUUCUGCACUCUCCCAAACGACAGCGUUUCCGGAGAAACCUCAAACAUGUUCAACUCCAACAUGCAGCUUCCAUUGCUGAGCUACGACAUCAACUCGCCCGUUUCAGUGGCGUCGUUUCCCGACAGCCACUUUGGCCUCGCUUCAGACUACAUGGUCGUUCCUCAGAUGUCGGAGAUCGAGACCGGAUUUCGCCAUUUCUCGGUCUGCGAUUACAAUCAGAGCCAAGUUUUUGAUUCCGGAGAAGAGUGCAGUGGAUCGGUGUGGCCACCUUAUAAUCCCUUGCUUCCUGAAAAUUGGGGAAUACAAGGGAAAGCGGCGACGAUGGUGGAUCAUGAGAGCGAUCAGGUGAAGGUGGGAAGAUAUUCGGCUGAAGAAAGGAAGGACAGAAUUCUCAGAUACUUGAAGAAGAGAAACCACAGGAAUUUUAACAAGACCAUCAAGUAUGCGUGUCGUAAAACCCUAGCAGACAAGCGUGUCCGAGUUCGUGGGAGAUUUGCCAAGAACAAUGAAGCCUCUCAAGAUGAAAUACACAUCGACUCCUCAACUUCUUAUCAACAAGACAAUUCACUAUUUCACGACUCCUUCCAGAUGAUGAAGUACGAUGAGGAGUAUUGGUUGCAAGCAGCAAUGGACAAUCUUGGCCACUUUCCUUAUUUAGGCAGCUAGAAUGUGGGAACUCUAAUUAAAAAUGUUGUCAGAAUUGAACUACUGCCUAAUUAUUGUAUAAAAUUGAAUUGCAAGCUCUGGUGUCAAUCGACAAUGAUUUAUAGUACUCAUCAUUAUUCCAACUGUA